GGCCAAACGUAUAAACUUUGACUUAAGAACACGUCUCAUCUGCUUCCAAUGGAAAAGUCUUGAUCUUUGCAUUCACCUAACCAACCUUCUUCGCAUCUUCCCCCAACUUCCAAAAGAUCUCCCCUUUUUAAAAAGGGUUAAUCAAAACCCUAAAAAACCCACAACCCAAUUCGAUCUCUCUCUUGCAAUUCGAUUUGAAAACUGUAUGGAGGCGACGGCGUUAUCAUCUGGGCUUCGUCCUCUUCCCAACCCUAACGGUUACAGACUCCCGAGGUCGUGUUCUCAGAGAAAGUCUCUGCCUUUAGCUCGAUUCCACUCAAAGGAGACACCUUUCAAGAAACCUCAAGGGUCUCUCGCGAUCACUCACCACCGUGGGUUGAGUUUCAAGACGAACGUGUUCGAGCAAGCGCAUCAUCCUGUAGCUGGAGACCUCUCUUACGAUGACACUAGCCGUUCUAACGUUGCUGAGGAUAAGAUCGGUGUCUUGCUUUUGAACCUAGGUGGGCCCGAGACGCUUAACGACGUGCAGCCUUUCUUGUAUAAUCUGUUUGCAGACCCGGAUAUUAUACGGCUUCCUAGACCGUUUCAGUUUCUCCAAGGGGCUAUAGCAAAGUUCAUAUCUGUGGUUCGCGCUCCGAAGUCGAAAGAAGGGUAUGCUGCUAUUGGUGGUGGCUCUCCUUUGCGUAAGAUUACUGAUGAGCAAGCUGAUGCUAUUCGGUUGGCGUUGCAAGCUAAGAACGUUUCUGCUGAUGUCUAUGUUGGGAUGCGGUAUUGGUUUCCCUUCACUGAGGAGGCUGUUCAGCAGAUUAAGAAGGAUAAGAUUACAAGACUUGUUGUACUACCGUUGUACCCUCAGUAUUCUAUCUCCACGACUGGCUCAAGCGUCCGCGUUCUCCAAGACUUAUUCAGGAAAGAUCCAUACCUAGCUAGAGUGCCGGUUGCUAUUAUAGAGUCCUGGUACCAGAGAAGAGGCUAUGUCAAUUCCAUGGCUGACCUCAUUCAGAAGGAGCUUCAAACUUUCUCUGAUCCUAAGGAGGUUAUGGUGUUCUUCAGUGCCCAUGGUGUUCCAGUUAGCUAUGUAGAGAACUCUGGAGAUCCAUACCAGAAACAGAUGGAAGAGUGCAUUGACUUGAUAAUGGAAGAGCUAAAAUCCAGAGGGGUUCAAAACAACCAUAUCUUGGCUUACCAGAGUCGUGUUGGGCCUGUUCAAUGGCUGAAGCCAUACACUGAUGAGGUUCUUGUCGACCUUGGUAAGCAUGGUGUCAAGAGUCUACUAGCCGUUCCAGUCAGUUUUGUGAGUGAGCACAUUGAGACGCUUGAAGAGAUAGACAUGGAGUACAGGGAGCUAGCUUUGGAGUCAGGGAUAGAGAACUGGGGGCGUGUCCCGGCGCUAGGUCUGACGCCAUCCUUCAUCACCGACUUGGCUGAUGCAGUGAUAGAGUCGCUUCCUUCAGCGGAAGCAAUGGUGAACCCAAGUGCUGGUGUCUCAGAAGAUAGCGAGUCAUCAGACGCUUUCGGUUACAUAAUGAAGAUGUUCUUCGGUUCGGUUCUAGCCUUCCUACUGCUUCUCUCUCCAAAGAUGUUCCAUGCAUUCCGCAACCAUCUUAUCUAAGAAGAAAACCUAUUGAGAAUCUCUGGAUGAAUAGUUGGUUUUGUGUUGUGUUUUUUGUUUGUUGGAGAAAUGUCUUGGUGAAGUGUAAUGUAUGUAGUCCAAUCUAUUGAAGUACUAGCACACCAAACUCUAGUGAGAUGAUGUGGUUGAGUAGUUCAAUACAUUGGACUACAUAUAUUACUUUUGAUCAAGAUGUAAACUAGGUAAGGGAAAUAAUGAGUGAAGAGACAGGAUUCAUUUUUAUUUUUAGCUAUGAACAUAGUUCCUCCUAGAGAUGAGGUAAAGGAAUAUAAUCUAUUACUUAUUUUGGUUU